AUGUCCGCCAACGGACUAGUCUGUUUCACGAACUGCUUGCUCCCCCAGGAGGAUGGGGGGCUCAUCCUUAAGGACCUCUGGAUCGAUGAACGGCGCGGAGUGAUUUUGGAUGCACAGAAUACCUUCUUUGAGCGGAAGGAGCGGCCAGAUAGGGUCGUCGAUCUUGGUGGGAAUAUACUGAGCCCAGGCCUGAUCGACAUCCAGCUCAAUGGCGCGUAUGGCUUUGACUUCUCCAUAUACGAGGGCGACGACGAGGCGUACAAGAAUGGAAUGAAGCUAGUUGCGGAGAAGAUUGUGGAGACGGGGGUAACAUCCAUCGUUCCAACUAUCAUCACGCAAGACAAGAAGCUGUAUCCAAAACUGCUCGAUCUCCUCCGACCAUUCUCAACCCCAACCUCGGCCAGUCUUCUUGGAUGGCAUGCAGAAGGGCCAUUCAUCGACAUGGCCAAGCGUGGGGCCCAUGCCCCACCAUUUCUGCUAUCCGCGCCAGAUGGCUUUGCCUCCUUUGAAGAAACCUAUGGCGUGCAAAAUCUAGUUGACUCGGAGGAUUGGCUUAUGAACACUGACGGCCAAUGUGGUGUCCGGAUUAUCACAGCAGCGCCGGAAAUCAAGGGCGUUAUGGGCGCCGUAAACGAGCUCGUCAAGCGGGGAGUAGUCUUUUCAAUUGGACACAGCAUCGCGAGCUCUCAGAUCGCCACAACGGCGGUUGUUCAAGGUGCACGACUUAUCACCCAUCUGUUCAAUGCGAUGCCCCAACUUCACCACCGAGACCCGUCCAUUAUUGGCCUUCUCGGUGCCUCCCCUCAUCUCUCUGUGCCUGUCGAAGAUUUCCCCAAUCCGAGCAGUCCCACAACGGCGGCCAUGCUUUCAGGCGUAACCUCUGAAGCGUUUGACUAUGUCUCUACCACCCCCACUAAACCUGGGGCAAUGAGCCGUACCGCCAGUCGCUCCGAACUCCACCUCGACAAGGGCCAGAUCGCAGACAUGGCAUUCGACCGGCCCUACUACGACAUGAUCGUCGACGGGAUUCACUCACACCCCAACUCCGUGCGGCUUGCCUAUUCGGCAUUCCCUGAUGGAUGCAUCUUGAUUACAGACGCGAUGAAGAUCCUCGACCCAAAUUUGCGAGACGGUGUCCAUGAGUGGCGCGAUGGGAAGCGGUUCGUCAAGGAAGGCGACAAGUUGUAUCUCGAAGGGACAAACACCCUAGCUGGAAGUGUUGUUACCCUCGACAAAUGCGUGCGCAACUUUUCCCGCUUCACAGGCUGCUCUCUCGGCGAGGCGAUCAAAUGCGCCACGUUCAAUCCCGCGAAAUGCCUUGGGAUUGAGAACCAGAAAGGAACGCUGCGGCCUGGCGCCGAUGCUGAUUUGGUGGUGCUGGACAGGCAGGGCAACCCAGUCAGCACUUGGGUCAAAGGCAGGCAGGUCUGGAGCAAGGAUUAA